AUGAAAAAGCAAAAAUCUUUUAGUGUAGAAAACGACAAAUUAAAAGUUUCUGAUUUUAAAAAUUGUAGUGAUCUCCAAAUCUUAAAAAUAGACUUUUAUUCUUGCUCUUUUGAUGAAGAAGUUUCUUAAAAAUUUAGCGAGCUGAUGAAAAAUUGUUCAAGUAUGUAAAAACUAAAAAUAAAAUUCCAUAAUUACUAUUAAUACUAUGUCGAAACUUUUUACUCAUCUAAUUUAGCUAUUUGCUUAUCUAAGUUAAAUAAUUUGAUCACUUUUUCACUAAAUUUUUGCGAUUUUGAUUUUUUUGAUAAAGAUCUCUAAUCAAUAUUACAUGGUUUAAGUAAAUGUUAAAAUUUAGAAACUUUAAAGCUAACACUUAUUUAGUGCGCUAUUGAGGCAAAUUUGAGCUUAGCAUUUUAGAACAUAAAAAAUCUCAAAUGCUUGAUUUUAAAUCUUGGAGAUAAUUUUAUUGAAGAUGCAGGAGCAUCUUUUUUAGGCAGUCAAUUAUCAAAAUGUUCAAAUCUUUAAAAUUUAAAGCUUUAACUUAUAUAAAACUUAGUUGGAUAUGAAGGUGAUAUUAAAUUAGCUUAAGGAUUAGCUAAUUGUGAAUAACUCAAGACUCUAACAAUUUAGCUCUCUCCUAAGUAUUAAUUUGAAGAAAAAAAAGAUUUUGAUGAUACUUGUACUAAUUUUUUUAGAGAGCUAAGUAAGAGUAAGAAUCUAAAGAACUUGAGAGUAUCAUACUUCUAUGAUGGAAUGAUUAUGAAGGAUCUUAUCAAAGGAUUAAAAUGUCUAAAAAAUAUUUUUACAAUUGAGUACGAUUUUACUAUAAAUGAAUGCAAUGCUAUAAGGGCUAGUUUGAUGAAAUUAAAAUAUUUGGUUACUUUUAAUUAAAAUACUGAUUGA